AUGUUGAAGAUAUGGUCUAUGAAACAGAAGCAGCAGCAGGCAGAGAAUGCCGAAGGAGGAGCAGCUAAGAAGAAGAAGGUCACUGCUGCCCAGCUGCGGGUGCAGAGAGACCUGCAAGAACUAUCCCUGGGAAGCACAAUGAAAAUGAGCUUCCCUAACCCGGACGACAUCCUCAACUUCACGCUCACCAUCGAGCCGGACGAGGGCAUGUACAAGGGCGGAUCCUUCAACUUCACCUUCUCGAUCAACCAGAACUUUCCCCACGACCCGCCCAAGGUGAAAUGCACGCAAAAGAUCUACCAUCCGAACAUCGACCUGGAAGGGAACGUGUGCUUGAACAUCCUGCGGGAGGACUGGAAGCCGGUGUUGAACCUGAAUGCUGUUAUUGUGGGGAUGCAGUUCCUCUUCCUCGAACCAAACGCCUCCGACCCCCUUAACAAGGAAGCUGCAGACGACCUGCGAACGAACAGGGAAGGGUUCAAGCGCAACGUGCGCACGGCAAUGGCCGGCGGUACCAUCCGAGGAAUACAGUACGAGCGCGUGCUUCGAUAG